AUAUCGCAGUGACGAGGCAACGAUUCGGCGCACGCGGAGGCUGCCUUGGACGAGGGUGCACCGAAAGCAGCUCGAGGGCCGGGCUCUGUCACCGUGUCCGUCUCCAGGCGCGCGCCAUUACUGGGCGGCAAUCUAUCCCCCAACGCCUCAAGCCACCCACUACUCCAACGCUGGUAACUACCACCAUCCAACAAACGCCUUCUCGCUGCUCUGGGCCAUGCCUAUCCUUAUUUCGCAGCUCGGAGGAUGUCAACAGCACGCACUCCCGCUGAUAGUGGGACCUCUGAAGAGGUUGGAUCUGGCACAAAGCGUCGGAACAAUCUGUCACUCUCUGGCAUCACCAUCCCACUUCAAGGUCUGAGCAUUCUCAAGCGAAAGCCGCUGCCGGCAAACUCUCCUGUGCACGCCCAGCGCUCAGCAUCUCUUGACAGCCCAGGACCUAUCGCCCCUCAGCAGUCUGUUCCCGACAUACUAACGCCGAUUUCGAGUCCGCGCUCGAUAGAUUUUGUACCCAGAGAUCUAGACAAAAACCCUCACGGUAACACGCCUUUGGUUCAAGCGCAAGACGCAGGACCAACACUACCGACCACUGUAUUUUCACAGAAUCUAAUUUCGCCCGUCGAGCCACUUGCUGCGUCCCGACCAAGCUCCGUACAUAAUCGUAAUAAAUCCGUACCAAUCACUCGCUCGAGGCCGAGUCAUGAUAGGACAGCGAGCACAAGGUCCGCAAAGAACUCUUUAGCGGACCGCAAGCAGACGAUUGAUACGUCGCAAACAAGGGAUCCCAAACUUCGACCUCCUGUUGGAGCAAUGACAUCUAUCUCGUCGCAGUCCUCGCAACUGCGUCUGAAUAUAACCUCAUCCGACCCCGUGGACGAUUAUGCGGCGUCGAUACCAAAGACACCGCGAUCUCCGCCUGGACGGAAACUUAGCAACUUCUUUGGUUUCAGGAAGUCCCCAGGCCCUGAUUCGCCGUCGACAUAUGUUUCUGGUGGCUCACAGCCAGUAUCUCCAAUGCCCGUUCAAGGACCCAAUAAUGGCAACUACUUUGGUGGCAAGCUCGCCCCAGCUGCCCUCGACGUCCCCAAAGCCAACGCGCUGUACUCGCCAAUGUAUGUGCCUGGUACACCUGGCAUGCCUUCCCCUCCGAUAUCGACAACGCAUGCGGCCGACCUCGAGCAAGAGCUGCGGGAGCUGAGCACCGAAUUAGCCAACUCGUUGCGGAGAGAGAUGGAGCUUGAAGAUGAACUAGAAAAGUUACGUGCUGAAACGAGUUCAGCAACGUUGACGGCCGAACGACGAACCAGCGACUACUUUUCAGACGCUGGCACAAGUUCGAUGCGUUUCCCUGGCGAAGGGGAUGGAAAGAUAGAGCAGCUCGAGCGGUUACGCCGUGCUGCUGAGCAAGAGAAGGCGCAACUCAAGAUACAAAUGAGCGACAGGCUUCAAGAUGCACUCAACCAACGUCGCGAGGCGGAGGAGAGAAACAUCGUUCUGUAUGAGCGACUAAAAGCUGCCGGCAUUGGAGACGGGAACGGUCAAAGUCCCGCCGAAUUGAAAAUACAACUGGAAGAGACGAAGCGUAAACUGAGUGAAGAGUCUCAAUUCCGUCAAAAUUUCCAGGAUUUGGUGGGCGGAAUGCGUCUUGAACUGGAACAGAUAAAAAAUGAGCGUGACAAUCUCCGGGACGAGGUCGUCCCACAGUUGCGCUCACGCAUCGAAGGCCUGGAGAACGAUGCUGCUAACAACCAGUCCAUGACCUACGAGCACACACGGUUGUCACAGGAGGUGCAGGCGCUCCGGAACGAAAACCAGACUUUGGUCAACGCUCGAAGACUGCAGAUGGAGAUGCAGCGACAAAGUGUUCGCUUCUCCUCGAUUGAAGAGGACGGUUACCCGUCUGCGCCAUCUUCGCCGUCGCUAGGCGGGUUGUCAAGGUCUAAAUCGUUUGCUGUUCGUGGCGGCCGUAGCUCACGCACAAAUAGCAUUAUAGGUUCGGGCACGUUGACUCGUGCAACGUCGGUGAAGGAUUCAAAUAAGACGCACGAGUCGAGAGAAGCUCUCAUUCAGAAAGUCAAAGACAUCGAGACACAGCGGGACGCGUUGCACAAAGCGUUGAAGAGCCUGUUGGAACGUCACUUGAUACAGGAGAAGAAGCAUGCGAAGCAGAUCAAGCAGCUGGAGAGAGAACUGCACACGGCGCAGACCUUGACGCCCCGCCGGACGGUGUUUCACAACGAGGUCAAGCAGCUUCGGGAUGAGAUCCAGUUCUUGAGAAAGCGAGCUGACGAUGCUUUGGACCAGAAAUGGCAGCUUGAAAAGAACUUCAGCGGAGUGAAGAUGGACCUUGAUCGAGCGCGUGAAGAGACAGCAUCCUUGCGAGCCUUGUUCGAGAAGCGUGACAUGUUUCUACCAGAAAGGCCCGGCUCGAGGGACGGCACCAAAGCCCUUGACAAGGCGUACAAGGAGCUGCGGACUACACACGCGUUAUCUAUUGCUCAUCUGAAGGAAAUGGAGACGAACGCCGGACUGGACAAUUCCGAGGCCGAGAGGACGCUUGAGCUUCUAAAGCAGAGCAUUUCGGAUGCCGAAGCUGAACGGGAUGCCGCACAGAGUCAAGCAGCCGUAUACCGCGAACAGGCGCGCAACUUGCAGAAGUCCGAACUCGAUCAUCUGAGCAAGGAGCAAAGCCUGGCUGCCGAGCUGUACGCUUCCGCUCAACGCAUGGACGCCCUUGCCGACCAGGUGCAGUCUCAGAUUGAGUCGAAUUCCCUGCUUCGACAGAAGCUGGCGGAGGCGGUCGAGCGGGGCGAGCGGGAGCAGAAGAACUCGGCCACCAAGAUCUCUGAGAUGCAGACGAGGCUUCGUGAUCUGGAGGACAAGCUGGUCGCCGCUCAGCAGCAGAGCGAGAUCAUCAUCUCGUCGCACGAGCAAGAGGUCAAGGAGCUGAAAGAGGCGCACAAUGCUCAACUGCAGCGCACAACGUCCGCCCUGGUGCCUCCGAACACUGAAUCGCGGCCCAUCAGCCCUGUCAGUGGUCUCUUCGCGCCGAAGAGCCCGAUCAAGCGCGUCAGCAUGGCCGAAGCUUCGAAGACCAGCGCUCUCGAAUCGAAAGUCCGCGAGCUGGAGAAAGCGCUCCACGAUGCGGAGGCGGAGAUGAGCGAGGUUGUCGAUCGCAUGAACAGGGCCCAGAUCGAAGUUGCUGAACUGCAAUCCGAACGCGACGAGGCCAUGAUGCAAUCUCGCCGGCUCCAGGCCGAAUAUCUCAAGGAGCGCGAGAAGGUCCAGCAGCUCAUGCUGCAGCCGGACACGUUCUGAAAACCGACAGCGUGGAAUUACUUGUACAUAGCAUCUACCUGGACGCGCUCCCAGCGCGGCUGGGUCUGUUCGUCUUUCCUUGACAAUGCCAGUGGGCUGAAGUCGGGGAAAGCGAAGGGAGACUCAUCGAUCGUAUCCCAUCCAGCAUAUGAAGCCGGUGUUCUGUGGCGCGUUUUGGCAUAACAUUGUGCCCUACUGCAUUUGGUUAUUUUUUUGGUAUGUGGGCACAGGUGGCGGGAGAAGAGAAGCUGUUCUCCCGCAGUUGGCGCAACAAAAUGGAUGGGGGUGGGAAGGCUUGGAUGACAUGCGACGCGACGACAAAAAUACCAGUAAUUGUAAAGUAUUUGUAUACACUUGUCCAUAUACAUUUAUGUAUCUAUAUCUGUGUAUACAGUAAUUUGAAGCACG